AAUGAAUUAAUAUUUAGAAAAAGAAGUAGCGUGGCGUAGACGGCUUCGAGAAGAUACUGAACAAUGGCCCCAUGCGGCUAACCUGGAGAGAGAGGAAAGGAGCCAUUAAAAAGACCGUUUCGCGAACGCGUAAUAAUAGACGCGGUUGCGCUCUGUUUGGUUAAAAAGAAAGUAGGAAAAAAAAAAAGAAAAAAAAAACAAUAUAAAGAAAAUAGAGGAGAAAAAGUAUCUGGAAUUUACUUCAUAUUGUUGGUGUGAGAGGGUGAGGUUCUUUUCUUUUACGACUUUUCUUCAAAUUCGUAUGGUUUCUAGAUUCCUUUCUUUGUUUCUCUUAUAAGCCCUAACCUCUCUGUUACCCCCUUUUAUUUCCUCUUCGAUUUUCCAAUUCUCCACGGAAAAUCUUCCAUUCAUUUCAAUCCUUCUCUCAAAAAUUUCACCCUCGCUUUUGCAGAUUCCAUAAUCGUUCUCCCUAACGGUUGCAACAAAAAUGGCGGAAGAACACAGAUGCCAGGCACCGCAGUUCUGCGCCAACAAUUGCGGAUUCUUUGGUAGCCCUGCCACGCAGAACCUUUGUUCCAAGUGCUACCGCGAUUUGCAGCUCAAGGAACAACAAUCUUCCUCCGCUAAGCUCGUUCUCAAUCAAUCGCUCGUUCCUCCUCCGUCGCCGGCGGUGGUUUCUCAGCCGUCUUCGUCGACCGAUGCGCCUUUCGAUCCGUCUUCGGCGGUGGUUGAUGCUCCACGCGCUGCGGAGGAGGCUAAGCCGCCGCAGCAGAACCGGUGCAUGACGUGCAGGCGGCGCGUGGGGCUCACGGGAUUCAAGUGCCGGUGCGGGAUGAUGCUCUGCGGGACGCACCGUUACCCGGAGCAGCACGCGUGCGAGUUCGACUUCAAGGGAAUGGGGAGGGAUCAGAUCGCGAAGGCGAAUCCGGUGGUCAAGGCGGAGAAGCUCGAGAAGAUCUGAAAAAGAGGGAAAGGGUAUUAUGGUCAUUUCGUGUUUACGGUUAUUACCAAUUUGACGGUGAAGCGUAUUCGGAUGUGGAAUCCGGGUCGGAUCCUUGGCCGGUGGCGUGAGUGUCAUGGCUUACGAAUCGGGUGCCGUAAUAGGCGGUGGGUGGGUCAUUGUUAUGUGGUUGCGUUGUCAUUGUAAAUUAAUUUGAAAACGUUUCAAUUGUCAUUAAACUUCUUUCUGGUUGAAAAUUAUUUCUUUUCUGCCUCGGUAUUCUAAGAAUUAAUUAAUUCUUUGGCAGAAUUU